AUGUACAGCUUUGAUGGCUUCGGGAUCGAACGCAAGUCCUCGUAUGGAUCACUCAUCGACCUGAGUGAGAAUGGCAAAGCACAGAGCGCAGGUGGCCGUCCAAGGAUUGCCAUAGUCGGAGCCGGUAUCACGGGGAUCUCAACUGCAUGCCAUAUCCUAGAUGCUGGAUUGGACUGCCACAUCUUCGAGUCAGGCAACGAGUCCAGCGUUGGAGGAAUCUGGACCAAAGUCAACACAACCAGCCGGCUCCAAAUACACUCACAGUUCUACCGAUUCCAUCCAGCCGUACAGUGGGAUUCGGAUUACCCCAACCGACAAGAAAUCCUUGGACAAGUACAUCAAUUGUGGGACCGGUACAAUCUUGCAUCACGAACCACCUUCCACUGCCCAGUGGAGUCGACGCGGCAAGAAGAUGAUGGCAAGUGGGUGGUGAACGAUCCUUCCUACGGCUACUUCGAUGGCGUCGUCGCCGCGGUGGGCACCUGUGGUGAAGUCUACGCACCCAAGAUYGCUGGACAAGACAACUUCAAGGGUCGCGUAAUACAUUCCUCCGAGCUGGACCCAGAAGCAGUCAAGGGCAAGAACGUCGUCAUCAUCGGAGGCGGUGCCAGCGCAGUAGAAGCAUUGGAGUUUUCUUGCGACAACGGGGCUGCUUCAGCAAAGGUCUUGGCAAGGUCUGAGAGAUGGUUUAUUCCCCGAGAGCCAAGGUUGAAUGCAUGCUUAGCCGGGACUGUUGGUGACCGAUUUGGUAUCCUGGCUUGGAUCUUGGGAUUCAUGAUUCGAUUCUUCUUUUACAGAGAGUUCUGGGAGAUGGCCCCUCCAAGCAGUGGACCAUACACUCUUUUCUCGGGCACCCCCAUCGUCAACAGCCGUAUCUUUCAAUUGAUGCGUCAGGGUAGAGCAAGCUGGGUCCGAGGGGAUGUCCGCGGAUUUUCAGAACACGGAAUCGAAUUCACAAGAAGAAAGGGCAGUCCAAAGGCAGGAGAACUGAACGGCGAGGCCACAACCGAGAAGGGUGAUAUUUGCAUCCUGGCCACUGGUUAUUCUCGCCCAUCAUUGCAAUUUCUGCCACAAACCAAGUCGAGCAGCAAGUACCAGCCACCGAACUGGUAUCUGCAAACUUUCCCUACAGAGAAUGCCACGGUAUGCGCGACCAACUGCACAUGGCAAGAAGGCAUCGGAAGUGUUGGCGGUGUCCACAUUGGCCUUUACACUCGCUUCCUGCUUGCCUUUGUCAUGGAUCCAGAAGCUCGACCCUCCGAGCGUUUCAUGAAGGGAUGGGUGGAUUUGGUUCAUAUUUUGAAAAAGCCGUACCCAGGUGGUGCACUCUCAUUUGUUUCUUCGGCCGAGCUUUUUUUCUGGAUAGUGGUCGUUAUUGCGGUACAACCCAGCUUGUGGAAGUGGGCGAGCUUCAUCCUCAGUGGGCCGGACCUGCUUCAUGGAAAGAAUGUUGCCCAAAACACAAACCUGUCAGAACGUUUCCCGAGCAAUGCAUCACAGCCAGCGCUUCCAGAGAAGCCAAUAGCAGCGAGGCAGGACAGCGGAAUUUCAAUUUGA